AAGGGACAUAGGAUGACCCCAGCCUGUCCCCUCUUACUGUCUGUGAUUCUGUCCCUGCGCCUGGCCGCCGCCUUCGACCCUGCCCCCAGUGCCUGCUCCGCCCUGGCCUCGGGUGUGCUCUACGGGGCCUUCUCGCUGCAGGACCUCUUUCCCACCAUCGCCUCGGGCUGCUCCUGGACCCUGGAGAACCCUGACCCCACCAAGUACUCCCUCUACCUGCGCUUCAACCGCCAGGAGCAGGUGUGCACCCACUUCGCCCCCCGCCUGCUGCCGCUGGACCACUACUUGGUCAACUUCACCUGCCUGCGGCCCAGCUCCGAGCAGGUGGGGGCCCAGGAGGGGCCGGAGGCAGUGGCGGCGGCCGAGGAGGUGGCGGCCGCAGGGUUGGAACUGUGUGGCGGCUCGGGCCCCUUUACCUUCCUGCACUUCGACAAGAACUUCGUGCAGCUGUGCCUGUCGGCCGAGCCCUCCGAGGCCCCGCGCCUGCUGGCACCUGCCGCCCUGGCCUUCCGCUUCGUGGAGGUGUUGCUCAUCAACAACAACAACUCCAGCCAGUUCACCUGCGGCGUGCUUUGCCGCUGGAGCGAGGAGUGUGGCCGCGCGGCCGGCAGGGCCUGCGGCUUUGCCCAGCCAGGCUGCAGCUGCCCUGGGGAGGCAGGGGCCGGCUCCACCACCACCACCACCACCGCCACCGCCACCACGUCUCCGGGUCCUCCUGCUGCCCACACCCUGUCCAAUGCCCUGGUGCCUGGGGGCCCAGCCCCGCCUGCUGAAGCCGAUUUGCACUCGGGGAGCAGCAAUGACCUGUUCACCACCGAGAUGAGAUACGGUGAGGAGCCGGAAGAGGAACCGAAGGUGAAAACCCAGUGGCCAAGGUCUGCAGAUGAGCCUGGGCUAUACAUGGCGCAGACAGGCGACCCGGCAGCUGAGGAGUGGUCCCCGUGGAGCGUGUGUUCCCUGACGUGUGGGCAGGGUCUGCAGGUGCGGACCCGCUCCUGCGUGUCCUCCCCCUAUGGGACCCUGUGCAGCGGGCCCCUGCGGGAGACCCGGCCCUGCAACAAUUCCGCCACCUGCCCAGUGCACGGCGUGUGGGAGGAGUGGGGGUCCUGGAGCCUGUGCUCCCGCAGCUGCGGGCGGGGGUCCCGGAGCCGGAUGCGGACGUGCGUGCCCCCCCAGCACGGCGGCAAGGCCUGCGAGGGUCCCGAGCUGCAGACUAAGCUCUGCAGUAUGGCCGCCUGCCCGGUGGAAGGCCAGUGGCUAGAGUGGGGUCCCUGGGGCCCGUGUUCCACAUCCUGUGCCAACGGGACCCAGCAGCGCAGCCGGAAGUGCAGCGUAGCGGGCCCAGCCUGGGCCACCUGCACGGGUGCCCUCACUGACACCCGGGAGUGCAGCAACCUUGAGUGCCCGGCCGCUGACGGCAAGUGGGGGCCGUGGAACGCGUGGAGCCUGUGCUCCAAGACAUGUGACACAGGGUGGCAGCGCCGCUUCCGCAUGUGCCAGGCCACGGGCGCGCAGGGUUACCCCUGCGAGGGCACUGGCGAAGAAGUGAAGCCCUGCAGUGAGAAGAGGUGUCCAGCCUUCCACGAGAUGUGCAGGGACGAGUACGUGAUGCUGAUGACGUGGAAGAAGGCGGCCGCUGGCGAGAUCAUCUACAACAAGUGCCCGCCCAAUGCCUCUGGGUCUGCCAGCCGCCGCUGUCUGCUCAGUGCCCAGGGGGUGGCCUACUGGGGACUGCCCAGCUUUGCCCGCUGCAUCUCCCACGAGUAUCGCUACCUGUAUCUAUCCCUCCGGGAGCACCUGGCCAAGGGGCAGCGCAUGCUGGCGGGCGAGGGCAUGUCGCAGGUGGUGCGCAGUCUGCAGGAGCUGCUGGCCCGGCGCACCUACUACAGCGGGGACCUGCUCUUCUCUGUGGAUAUCCUGAGGAACGUCACUGACACCUUCAAGAGGGCCACCUAUGUGCCCUCAGCUGACGACGUGCAGCGCUUCUUCCAGGUGGUGAGCUUCAUGGUGGAUGCAGAAAACAAGGACAAGUGGGACGACGCCCAGCAGGUGUCCCCGGGCUCCGUGCACCUGCUCCGCGUCGUGGAAGACUUCAUCCAUCUGGUGGGCGAUGCUCUCAAGGCCUUCCAGAGCUCUCUGAUUGUCACGGACAAUCUGGUCAUCAGCAUUCAGCGCGAGCCCAUCUCUGCCGUGUCCAGUGACAUCACCUUUCCCAUGCGGGGCCGCCGGGGCAUGAAGGACUGGGUGCGGCACUCUGAGGACCGCCUCUUCCUGCCCAAGGAGGUGCUCAGCCUCUCCUCCCCGGGGAAGCCCGCCGCCUCAGGGGCAGCAGGCAGCCCUGGCAGGGGGAGGGGCCCAGGCACGGUGCCCCCCGGGCCAGGCCACUCCCACCAGCGCCUCCUCCCGGCUGACCCCGAUGAGUCCUCCUACUUUGUGAUCGGUGCUGUGCUGUACCGCACCAUCGGCCUCAUCCUGCCGCCUCCCAGGCCCCCACUGGCUGUCACGUCCCGAGUGAUGACAGUGACUGUGCGGCCCCCCACCCAGCCUCCAGCGGAGCCCCUCAUCACAGUGGAGCUCUCCUACAUCAUCAACGGCACCACAGAUCCUCACUGCGCCAGCUGGGACUACUCCAGAGCAGAUGCCAGCUCCGGGGACUGGGACACCGAGAGCUGCCAGACUCUGGAAACCCAGGCAGCCCACACCCGCUGCCAGUGCCAGCACCUGUCCACCUUUGCCGUGCUGGCCCAGCCGCCCAAGGACCUGACCCUGGAGCUGGCAGGCUCCCCCUCCGUGCCCCUGGUGAUUGGCUGUGCCGUGUCCUGUAUGGCCCUGCUCACUCUGCUGGCCAUCUAUGCUGCCUUCUGGAGGUUCAUAAAAUCUGAACGCUCCAUCAUCUUGCUGAACUUCUGCCUGUCCAUCCUGGCAUCCAACAUCCUGAUCCUCGUGGGCCAGUCCAGGGUGCUGAGCAAGGGCGUCUGCACUAUGACGGCUGCCUUCCUGCACUUCUUCUUUCUCUCCUCGUUUUGCUGGGUGCUCACUGAGGCCUGGCAGUCCUACCUGGCUGUCAUCGGGCGCAUGCGCACCCGCCUGGUUCGCAAGCGCUUCCUCUGCCUGGGCUGGGGUCUGCCUGCCCUGGUGGUGGCUGUGUCCGUCGGCUUUACCCGCACCAAAGGAUACGGUACAUCCAGCUACUGCUGGCUCUCCCUGGAGGGCGGCCUGCUCUACGCCUUUGUGGGCCCUGCCGCCGUCAUUGUCCUGGUGAACAUGCUCAUCGGAAUCAUCGUUUUCAACAAGCUCAUGGCGCGUGACGGCAUCUCGGACAAAUCCAAGAAGCAGAGGGCCGGGUCGGAGCGGUGCCCCUGGGCCAGCCUGCUCCUCCCCUGCUCAGCGUGCGGAGCGGUCCCCAGCCCCCUGCUCAGCUCAGCCUCGGCCAGGAACGCCAUGGCCUCACUCUGGAGCUCCUGCGUGGUGCUGCCCCUGCUGGCGCUCACCUGGAUGUCCGCCGUCCUGGCCAUGACAGACCGCCGCUCCGUCCUCUUCCAGGCCCUCUUCGCUGUCUUCAACUCCGCGCAGGGCUUUGUCAUCACCGCCGUGCACUGCUUCCUGCGCCGAGAGGUCCAGGAUGUGGUGAAGUGCCAGAUGGGCGUGUGCCGGGCCGACGAGAGUGAAGAUUCCCCUGACUCCUGUAAGAAUGGACAGCUGCAGAUCCUGUCAGACUUUGAAAAGGACGUGGAUCUGGCUUGUCAAACAGUUUUGUUCAAGGAGGUCAACACUUGCAACCCGUCCACCAUCACCGGCACGCUGUCCCGCUUGUCCCUGGACGAGGAUGAGGAGCCCAAGUCCUGCCUCGUGGGGCCCGAGGGUGGCCUCAGCUUCUCACCGCUGCCAGGGAACAUCCUGGUGCCCAUGGCGGCCUCGCCGGGGCUGGGGGAGCCACCCCCGCCGCAGGAGACCAACCCUGUGUACAUGUGCGGGGAGGGCGGCCUGAGGCAGCUGGACCUCACAUGGCUGCGGCCCGCCGAGCCGGGAGCCGAGGGGGACUACAUGGUGCUGCCGCGGCGGACUCUGAGCCUGCAGCCGGGGGGUGGCGGCGGCGGCGGAGGCGGCGAGGAAGCCCCCAGAGCCCGGCCUGAGGGGACCCCCCGGCGGGCUGCCAAGGCGAUGGCCCACACUGAAGGCUACCCCAGCUUCCUGUCUGUGGACCACUCAGGCCUGGGGCUGGGCCCUGCCUAUGGGUCUCUCCAGAACCCCUAUGGGAUGAGCUUCCAGCCACCACCGACGCCCAGCGCCCGCCAAGUGCCCGAGCCAGGGGAGCGCAGCCGGACCAUGCCCCGCACCGUGCCCGGCUCCACCAUGAAGCUGGGCUCCCUGGAGCGAAAGAAGCUACGGUAUUCAGACCUGGACUUUGAGGUGAUGCACACCCGGAAACGGCACUCAGAACUCUACCACGAGCUCAACCAGAAGUUCCACACUUUUGAUCGCUACCGCAGCCAGUCCGCGGCCAAGGAGAAGCCCAGCCCCGGGGAGCGCCCCGGUCUGGCCCAACAGCGGCGACAUCAGAGCUGGAGCACUUUCAAAUCCAUGACACUGGGCUCGCUGCCCCCCAAGCCCCGAGAGCGGCUGGCUCUGCACCGGGCAGCAGCCUGGGAGCCCACAGAACCACCAGACGGCGACUUCCAGACAGAGGUGUGAGUGCCGCGCUGGACUGCCCACUGCGUAGAAAUAUAUAUAUCUCUCUAUUUUCACACUCCACUUUGGAACUGCCCAGGAGCCAGCACCCCCUCCCCACUCCCGGGGGCUGGGCAGGGAGGUGCAGAGGACUCAGCCGGGCUGGAGGGGCCAGAUGUGGCAGGGCCGGGCAGAGGGGAGGGAGGCCAGGACCCCUCCUUGUUUCUCAAAGCCCCCUCUGCCACUGGAGCCUGUCUUCUCCCUGGCCUGUCUGUCCCUGUCCCGGGCUGGGGAGGGGGGAGGGGAACUUUGUGGGGAAUAAACUUCAC